GGGACGGCGGGUAUGGUCUGGGGUUGGAUUAUCGCCAUGGUCUUUAUCCAGUGUGUGGCGAUGGCGAUGGCAGAGUUGUGCUCUGCGAUGCCCACGAGUGGUGGACUGUACUAUGCUGCGGCCGUUCUCGCGCCGCCUGGGUACGGUCCCUUUGCAGCCUGGAUCACUGGGUGGUCGAACUGGAUUGGGCAAAUCACAGCAGCACCAUCGGUGAAUUAUUCCCUGGCUGCGAUGAUGCUGGCAGCUGCUUCAGUAUAUAACCCUAGUUAUGUGCCGACGGCGUGGCAUACGUAUCUUCUGACGACGCUCAUCAUGAUCAUCCACUCGGUCAUCAGUAGUAUGCCGACGAAAUGGAUCGCGCGGUUCAACUCGUACGGUUCGACAUUCAACAUGCUGGCCCUUGUCGCUGUGAUUAUCGCCAUCCCAGCAGGAACCAAAAACGUGCCCAAGUUCACGCCGUCCAAGGAGGUCUGGGGGACCAUCACCAACUUGACCGAUUUCCCAGACGGCGUAGCAGUCCUCAUGACCUUUGUGGGAGUGAUCUGGACCAUGUCAGGCUAUGACUCACCCUUCCAUCUGAGCGAGGAGUGCUCCAACGCCAACAUUGCCUCACCGCGCGCCAUCGUCAUGACCUCAGGCGUGGGUGGAUUGAUGGGCUGGUUCCUGCAGCUCGUAGUCGCCUAUACGGUGCUGGACAUCGAAGCCGUGAUGGACUCUGACCUCGGCCAACCAUGGGCUUCGUACCUGCUCCAAGUCAUGCCCCAGAAGACCGCGAUGGGCAUCCUCGCCCUCACCAUCGUGUGCGGCUUCUCCAUGGGCCAGGGCUGCAUGGUGGCCGCGUCGCGGGUGACAUACGCCUACGCGCGCGACGACUGCUUCCCGCUCUCGCGAGUCUGGAAACAAGUGCACCCAUCCACGCAGACGCCCGUCAACGCCGUCAUCCUCAACAGCAUCCUCGGCGUGCUCAUGUGUCUCCUCAUGCUGGCCGGGGACGUGGCGAUCGGGGCGCUCUUCUCCAUCGGCGGAAUCGCGCAGUUCAUCGCAUUCGCCAUCCCCAUCGCCAUCCGGGUGUUUAUGGUGGGUGAUCGAUUCCGGCGGGGACCAUGGCAUCUGGGUCCGUUUGGGCGGGUGAUUGGGGGGAUGGGCGUGUCGUUUGUGUUGCUGAUGGUUCCUGUGUUGUGUUUGCCGAGUGAGACGGGGUCGAAUCUGACGCCGGACUUGAUGAACUGGACGUGUCUGGUGUAUGGGGCGCCGAUGCUGGCGGUGACAGUCUGGUGGGUUGUGGAUGCUCGUCGGUGGUUCAAGGGACCAAAGGUGAAUGUGGAGCAUGCGAUUCACCCCGUGGAGGAGACGGUGGGGGUGGAGGUGGAGGUGGAUAGUGAUGGAGAAAGUCCACCAGAGGAUGGAGUGAGAACAACGGUUGAACAUAUGUAUCCAAAGUCGACUUGAUGAGUGGACUGCGAUUGUCUAUAUAAAUACUACCAGUAUGUGUUGACGUUGGUGUUGGAUAUAUAUUGUAGUGUGUAUAGACUACAGCAACUUUAACUUCAUAUAUAUCAAAUAUACAGUAACAACAACAAUAACAACGAUAUAACAUCCUAUAAUUCAAUAAUAAUCCAG